GACAAUUUACUAUAUCCCCUUUUUAACUAUUGUUCGGGUCGAGUAGGUGUUUUAUUAACUUAUCUGCGUAGACGAUAAAUAUUUAUUAUCCUCAUCUGUAAUGGUUUAUCAGUUCUAAUUUAACCUUUAUCAAUCUCUCUCCAAUACCUUGUGACCUCUCCUUCCGUAACGUAUUUAAACUCUGAGCAUGUCGGAUACAUCCUUUUAAUUGUUCAAACGUUUAAACUAUAAUAAGUGAAAAUGAAUAAAGAAACGGUAACGAAAGUUAUAGCGCUCUUCUCCCUUUUUGGGGUAACGUUCUUGUUUUGUAUGCUGCCCCUUCUGCUUACCAGAAUUGCCAAGAAGCAAGCUAACAAAGGUAAAAGGAAAUUCUGCGAGAGGAUUCUCAGUUGUCUCAACUGCGCCGGUGGAGGAGUUUUUUUAGCAACGUGCCUCCUCCAUCUCUUUCCCGAAGCUAAAGAACAAAUGGAAGAUGUUUUACUCAACAUGAAUUUCAAGACGGAAUUUCCUCUUUGCGAAUUUGUCAUGGCUUUUGGAUUUCUUCUAGUUUUGGCUACCGAGCAGAUUGUCUUGGCAUGGAAGAAACCUAAAAAAGAUCCUGAAGGGCGACCCCAUUCAGACAGUCUACGCACCAUUAGUUACAGCAUGAGUGUAGAGGGAACCUCCAUCGAAAUACCCAACCAACCACUGAAUCAAUCAAAAACAACCAGGUUUGAUCCUAACAGGUCACCCAAGGACAACCACCAGGAUGAUCAUAACCAUGGACAUUCUCAUCUACCAGACAGUACUGCACAAUCAGCCAUUGCUUCCUUCCUUUUGGUUCUAGCUCUCUCCAUGCAUUCGGUUUUUGAAGGAUUGGCCAUAGGUCUGCAGGAUUCAGUAGAAAAUAUCAUUGGUGUAUUGGUUGCUGUACUGAUGCACAAAUGCAUCAUAGCUUUCACACUAGGUCUCAACUUGGUUCAAUGCCAAUUUAAGUGGACAACUGUCAUUGUCUCCACCUUAAUAUUUGCCAUCAUGUCUCCUCUAGGAAUCAGUAUUGCCAUUAUAGUUACCAAUUCAGCUAAAGGCUUGGGUGUGAACUUGGCUAGUGGAGUAUUGCAGAGUUUGGCAGCAGGUACCUUCCUCUACGUUACAUUCUUUGAAGUUCUUCCACAUGAAUUGAAUGCUAAUAGGGAUCGUAUAUUAAAACUGUUAUGUAUCAUCAUUGGCUACUCUGUCAUGACAUUAAUGAUUUACUUUAUGCCAGCAUAAAUCUGAUAUUCUAAUAAAAAUAAUAAAUUAUUUAUUGAUCUUAAUGUAAA